AAACGGCAUAAACAAUGCUCCUAAUAAUACAGAGAAAAAUUUAAUACCCUAACAUGCUACCUUAGAUAUCAAGUAUAUUAUUAUAACUCAUAAUGACAGUUGUCAAUAUCAUUCCACACAUCAUUUAGACAAGUUUUUAUAAAAUAGUUAAAUUUUAGUGCUACAAAAUGGCCUCCGGAGCUUGCAGAGGCCCACAACCGUGCUGUAUCCCGCCAUGCUUACCACCUCCAUGCUGCCCUCAAGCCUGUGUAAAAAGUGCUGAUAUGUGUGACGCUAUGCAAAAAGAUGCGAUUAGUUUAGCCAUGCAAGCCAUGUAUUUGUACACUCUUGAAAGAGACGUAGCUGCAUACAUCAAAAAGGAAUUCGAUAAAAGGUACUGCCCUUUCUGGCAUUGCGCAGUUGGGAAGAACUUUUCUUCAUAUAUCACCCACGAGUCGAGUAAUUUUAUUUUUUUCUUUCUGGGAUGCACAGCUUUUGUGCUUUACAAAAGUGGUUAAUGUAAAACUAUUCCAUCAAGUAAUAGAAGGAGAUAUUCAAGACAUUUUUUACUGGAGAUAUCAGCAGUAAGAAAGCAAGAGGAUGUUUAAGUAAUGGCUCGUUCGUAAUAUUUUUGUAAAUAUUCUGUUCUAUCACUUAAAUAUAUACGUAAUUAAUAGACAUGAA